GUGAAACAAAUGACAGCAAUCGGAAUUGAUCUGGGAACGACCUACUCCUGUGUGGGGGUGUUCCAGUAUGGCAAGGUCGAAAUAAUCGCCAACGAUCAGGGUAACCGGGUGACACCGAGCUACGUGGCCUUUACGCAAACGGAACGACUGAUCGGGGAUGCAGCGAAAAAUCAGGUGGCGAUGAACCCGCGGAACACGGUGUUCGAUGCCAAACGACUGAUUGGGCGACGAUUCGAUGAUCUGAAAAUACAGGAAGAUUUGAAACAUUGGCCAUUCGCAGUGCAGGAAGAAGCCGGCAAGCCGAAGAUAUGCGUUGAGUAUAAGGGCGAGCGGAAGGUGUUUGCACCGGAGGAGAUCUGCUCCAUGGUAUUGACCAAAAUGAAAGAUACCGCCGAAGCCUUUUUGGGUUGUUCAAUUCAGAAUGCAGUUAUCACCGUUCCGGCUUACUUCAAUGAUUCCCAACGACAGGCAACGAAAGAUGCGGGGGUAAUUGCUGGAUUGAAUGUUAUGAGAAUUAUUAAUGAACCGACGGCCGCGGCAUUGGCUUACGGAUUGGACAAAAAUCUUAAAGGUGAACGGAACGUUCUCAUUUUUGAUCUAGGCGGAGGAACAUUUGAUGUAUCAAUUUUAAGCAUCGAUGAGGGCUCACUGUUUGAGGUGAAAACAACCGCUGGGGACACCCAUCUUGGUGGGGAAGAUUUUGACAAUCGUCUGGUAGGCCACUUGGCGGAGGAAUUCCUGCGAAAGCACAAGAAAGAUAUCAAGGCAAAUCCGAAGGCGUUGCGACGUCUUCGAACUGCUGCCGAGCGUGCAAAACGUACACUAUCGUCGAGCACAGAAGCGACGGUUGAAGUUGAUGCUUUGGCAGAUGGUAUUGAUUUUUACACAAAAAUUUCCCGCGCCCGCUUCGAAGAACUUUGCUCGGAUCUGUUCAAAUCGACUUUGGAACCAGUGAAGCAAGCGCUAAGCGAUGCCAAAAUGAGCAAAAAGUCGAUUCACGAUGUUGUUCUGGUGGGUGGUUCGACUAGAAUUCCCAAAAUUCGAUCCCUAUUGCAAAAUCUAUUCGAAGGAAAGGCCUUAAACUUAUCAAUCAACCCUGAUGAAGCUGUCGCUUAUGGUGCUGCCAUUCAAGCAGCCAUACUGAGUGGCAGCACCGACUCCAAAAUUCAGGACGUUCUCCUGGUGGAUGUUACUCCGCUGUCACUCGGAAUCGAAACCGCUGGAGGAUUGAUGACAAAUAUUAUCGAUCGAAACAGUCGCAUUCCAUGCAAACAGAUGAAAACUUUUACAACUUACGCGGACAAUCAACCGGGUGUUACGGUACAGGUUUACGAAGGUGAACGAGCUAUGACCAGAGACAACAAUCAUCUCGGUUUGUUUGAAUUGAUGGGAAUCCCGCCGGCACCAAGAGGCUCCCCGCAAAUUGACGUUUCGUUCGAUUUAGACGCAAACGGGAUUCUAAAUGUAACGGCAGUGGAGAAAAGCUCUGGUAAAAGCCGUAACAUAACGAUCAAAAAUGACAAAGGGCGUCUUUCGCAACAGGAAAUCGACCGCAUGCUGUCGGAUGCUAAGCGUUACAAAGUGGAAGACGACCGCCAGCGAGAGUGUAUUGCUGCAAGAAAUAAAUUGGAGACCUAUUGCUUCGGUUUAAAGUCGGCUCUUGCCGAUUCUGGAAACCGUCUGAAUGAUUCGGAUAAAAAGAAGAUUCGCAAACACUGCGAUGAAACACUGAAGUGGCUCGAGCAAAAUGAUUCAGCUAAAAAAGAGGACUAUGAACGACAGUACAAGCAGAUAUCGAAAUCCUGUACGCCAAUCAUGACUAAAUUGCAUCAAAAAGGAUCAGGAACUACUACUGCUAAUGAAGGUCCAACAAUCGAAGAAGUAGAAUAG